UAAAAAACAAAAAAAGAAAGACAAUAACUCUCUCUCUCUCUCUCUGAAUCGGCUGAUCUUUAAACACAUCUAAUCUUGUUUUCACCAAAAAAAAAAAAAACGCAUCUAAUCCGUAUCUAAUCUUUCUCUUUCAAUCUCUCCACAAUGCCACCUACUGAUGCAGACUUGGAUCUCAGAACAUCUACCGCCUCUGCAUUCUUAAUCGGGGAUUACGCAUUUGCUGAUGCCAGUAACCUGGAGCAUUGUGCCAAGUACUUGAACCAGACGCUCGUUACCUUUGGAUUUCCUGCUUCCCUCGACCUCUUUGCCAAUGAUCCGGUUUCAAUUGCACGGACCUGCAAUUGCAUUUACUCUUUGCUUCAACAGAGACAGCGUGACGUUGAAUUCAGAGAAUCUGCCAAUGAGCAGAGACAGAGACUACUAUCAGAUAUUUCAAGAUUGGAGGCAAAAGUUGAGAGGCUUGAAUCGCAGAUACAAGCCAAAGAUAGGGAAAUAGCAACUAUCACAAGAACGGAAGCCAAAGCUACAGCAGCUUUUAAGGCACAGAUUGAAAAGCUUCAACAGGAACGGGAUGAAUUUCAAAGGAUGGUCAUUGGCAAUCAGCAAGUGAGGACCCAGCAAGUACAUGAAAUGAAGAAAAAAGAAAAGGAGUACAUAAAGCUGCAGGAGAGGCUAAAUCAAGUAUUGAUGGAGAAAAAGAAGGAAUCAAGAUCAGGCAUGGAGAUAAUGAAUUUGCUUCAGAAAGAAGGCAGGCAACGUGGGACAUGGAAUGGGAAAAAGGCUGAUAAUGAUUUCUAUAAGAAAAUAGUGGAUGCGUAUGAGGCUAAGAAUCAAGAAUUGAUGGCAGAGAACACUGAUUUAAGGGCAUUAUUGCGGUCAAUGCAGGUUGAUAUGCGCGAUUUCAUAAAUGCUCCAAAUGGUUCAACCAAGCAAUCUUUGGCUGUCAAUGAAAAACUUGAAGCUGACCCCUCGCAGUCUCCUUUGGGUGGAAGGACGGACGUUUUUGACCUGCCUUUUCACAUGGCUAGAGAUCAAAUUGAGGAAAGCCUCCGAAAUAAGAUGGCUUCCAUAAAGGAGCGUAUGGUUCAGUUGCAAGAUGCACAGAAAGGAGCAGAUGUCACAUCUGAAGCAACAGAGAGAGAACUUGAACUUGAAGCUCAACUUGUUGAGGCAAGGAGCAUAAUCCAGGAGCAGGCAUCCAUAAUGUCUAAACAUCUUGCUAAGUCUGAGAGGCCAAGGGAAUCUAUCAUUUCAUCACCAGCUGAGGGAAUGUGAUAUCACCAGCUUGAUGAUAUCUACAUUUUGGGCAUCGAGGUUGAUGGAGUUGGCUGUAUAGUAAGAUGCAUCGCUGCAGAGAACCUUUGUGAGUAUGAUUCCAUAUGGUUCUUUUGUAGUUGUAACUAGUAAGGCCUUGAGAACUUUAAGUUCUACGCUUAUCGUUAAUGAAAUGUAAUGGGUAUGUAUGCUGACAAUCGCUCCAGUCAAAUUUCUUUCAUCCAUAUUAUCGUUCGUCUUCUGUGCUUUCAGAUCGUACGUUGCUUCCCAUUAGCAUGAUUUUUUAAAAAUUUUUAAUUUUUGUCUUUGGAGCUCAUGGUUUUAGCUAUUUUCUAGACUUUUAAUUCUAAUAUAUAACUAUGCAACUUGGCAUUUAUUUGAGUUGCGUAA